AUAACGUACAUUUAAUAAAAAAUCCGGAACCUCUGAACAGCUGCCUUUGUUGCUGUAGGGCGUUAUCAUCGGUCGGAUAGGGCUGGAUAUCUAGCAUAACAAAUGCGAGUUGUUUGCAUUCAUCUUUUUUAAUGCGAUCUAAAUCUCAGAUUAUAACAUAAUGUAAAUUAUAUGAUGAAACAUUGUAUUAUAACUAACUACACAUUGGUAGCCUUUAUCAAUGCUUCUGUAUUAAGUGUUUUCAGGGUACUUAGCUGAAUAGCUAAUGCUAGGAGCUAGUAACGCGAUGGCAUAAAUUACAUGUUAAAUGGACAUGUUACCUGUCACUAAUGAGAAGUGAAACAUUAUCUAAUAAUAACUGCUAAUAAUCUGCGCCUCAACUGGAUUAGCGUGGGUAUCCGGAACGAACCCUAAGAAACGUUAGUCGAUCAACGUACCCAUGUGGAAUAUCUGAUUAGCUAGUAUCAAGCUAUCCUGCGUUUUCAGUUAGGAAAUAUAUUUUUUAGUUUUAAUUAAGCAACACUGGGAAGUAAUAUGCUGCGGCAAUGGGUACAUGCCCAUGCCACGCAGUGAAUCUGCUGCUUUGGCAGUGAACUCAUGUGUGACGCGAGGUGUCUAUUGCUCAAGAGACUCAUAACCGCUUCAUCGUGGCGGAAGGAUUCACUUAUAUUAAUUGAAGAGAAACUGCUACUCCUUGACCCUUAAAAUGCCUGGAUUGGUGGUGUUUGGUCGCCGCUGGGGUAUCGCCAGUGACGAUCUCGUUUUCCCCGGCUGUGUUGAACUGGUCGUGCGUCUAUUAUGGUGGAUUGGUACUAUGAUCCUGUACACGUACCAUAAAGGUCAUUUUGAUUGUAAUGGAAGAGGCAUUCUUCACACGUACCUGGUUGGAUUACUGGUUGUGCUGAUGCUCAUCAUUCUGUCAUUGUGUGCUAUUGUCUACGUCAGUGCUCAAGGGACCAUCACCAACUCUGGUCCACGGCGCUCUAUACCUAUGCUGGUGUACCUACGAGCUGGCCUGUAUGUUCCUGAGCUAGUUUGGGCUUGCCUGGGUGCAGUCUGGGUGUCUGAUGACGGCAAAGGAUGCGAUCCUGCCACAGUGGGCGCUGUCAUUGCAGCAGUCAUUGCCAGCUGGAUUAUCCUGCUCUUCACGGCGGUGGGUGUGGUGUUUGUGUUUGACCCGCUGGGAAACCCCCGCCCUCAGCCCCCAGCCAUGGAGCCACUUGGGGUACGAGACAUGGAAAGCAGCGAAGGCUCCCAGUUCUUCUCCACCGCCCGCUCUCUGGCCGUCAAGGUGUGGGAGUGCAGGCUGCGGCUCCUGUGCUGCUUCCUGCCACAGGACGAAAGCCACAGGGCAGCGUUCUCCAGCAUUGCACAGCUGUUCAGUGGAUUCUUUUCAGACACAGAUCUGGUGCCUAGUGACAUAGCAGCUGGUUUGGCUCUGUUGCACCAAGAGCAGGAUAAGAUGGAUCAAAGUAGAGAACCAAGUGUUGUUGUUUCCCACAGUCCUUCCUCUCCCAUUGGAGAGGAUAUGGAGGCAGAGUUGGAGAAAGCAGCACAUUGCAUGCAGUUUGCUGCAGCAGCCUAUGGUUGGCCCUUGUACAUUUUUUCCAACCCUCUCACUGGGCCCUGGAAACUUAGUGGAGACUGUUGUAGAAGUCGUACAGCUGAGUCUGAGGUUGUUGGAGGAGACCACCUGGGCUGUCACUUCUCAUCCAUCCUGCAGACCACUGGUUUACAGUACAGAGACUUCAUCUAUGUCAGUUUUCACAAUCAGAUCUAUGAAAUCCCAUUCUUUGUGGCUCUGGAUCAUAAGAGAGAAGCUGUUCUGGUGGCUGUCAGAGGAACACUGUCACUAAAGGAUGUUCUGACUGACUUGUCUGCUGAGUGCGAGAACCUGCCUGUUGAAGGAGUGUCGGGAAGCUGCUACGCUCACAAGGGCAUGUGCCAAGCGGCGGGCUACAUCUACAAGAGGCUGGUCAACGAUGGGAUCCUGAAUCAGGCUUUCUCUAUUGCUCCGGACUAUAAGCUGGUUGUCACUGGUCACAGUCUGGGCGCUGGCACAGCUGCACUGUUGGCCAUUAUGUUACGCAACUCCUUCCCCUCCCUGCAGUGCUACUCCUUCUCCCCACCAGGGGGACUCCUGAGUAAAGCUUUAGCAGAUUACUCCAAGGACUUUGUGGUCUCAGUUGUUCUGGGAAAGGAUCUGGUGCCCAGACUGAGCAUUCCUAAUAUGGAAGAUCUGAAGAGAAGGAUUCUAAAAAUAGUUUCUAACUGCAAUAAGCCCAAAUACCUCAUCCUGCUGCAGGGAUGCUGGUAUGAGCUGUUCGGAGGGAACCCGGAUGACUUCCCUACAGAGCUGGACGACAGGAGGACGCAGGAGCUGAGCCAGCCGCUGCUGGGGGAGGAGUCGCUGAUCAUUCGCCCCUCGUCAUCCUACCAGAGCUUCGCGUCGGACGACUCUCCCGUCCACGCGGCCACUCACCUGCCUCUGUUUCUGCCUGGGCGCGUUCUGCACAUCACUGAAGAUGGGCCUCCACGGAGAUCUUGUUUUUCCCAGGUUAGGUACCGUGCCGAGUGGUCCAACGAGAUGGCAUUUCGGAGCAUUCUGAUCAGCCCCAGGAUGCUCACAGACCACAUGCCUGACGCUGUGCUCCGAGCACUCAACAGCCUGACCAGCGAGAGGCCCUACUUUCUCUGCCCGUCGGCUUCAAACAACAGCCAGCACAACACUAUCUGAGAUGGACUUUCUCUAAGCCUGUGUCUGUUUGUGUGUAACCGGUUCGAUUCUCUCCACAUCUGACCCUGGAUCAGUUCCUCCCUUCCCAAGCGCUCCUGGAUCACGAGGCUUUUAAAGCAGUUCCAUACGACCAUGAAACCACAGGUUUAAAAAAAAAAACACUGAAUGAUGUGUCGGAGCACAAGAAGUUGUUUGUUAAUUUGCACUUUUAAUUAUUUGAAUCUCUUUUGAAUGUGCGUUGUGUACAAUAUACAACUGUGAUGCAGUGAUAUGAACAUGUCAGUAUUAUCUACAUUUAAUGUCGGUGAGGUUGCCGGAUGGAUGGUGGAGGCUGACCACCUUGUCUCUCAGUGUCCACACAUGUCUUCCUUAUAUGCGGAAACAACUGACGAGCAGCAUCAACGUGAGGAGACCGUUAACCUCCGAAGGUGAACUACAAGCAUCGUGUUUUGAUUGUAUGUAGUGAAAGUGAUUAGUGUUCAGCGUAUUCACACAUCAGGGUGAACAGUGCCUAUGCAUUACAAAAAAAGUGAAUUGCUUUACAGAAAGUCAGUGCAGUGUGUUUACAUGACUUUUUUUCUGCAUAUUGUGUGUGUUUGGAAGGUGCAUGGGGUUGGGUGUAAACGUGAUAGAUGCAAAAGGAGCAAACAAUAAGAUUUAGUGAGAACUUGUUUACUUGCCAUGAAUUUUAUCAGGUAAAAACGUAUGCCUGCAUAACUGUUCAUACCAUCAGUUGGUCUUUAAUGCAAAUAAAUGCUUUUGUCAAAAACGCUA